AUGAGACCUUCUGAUAUUCCAAUUCCAAAGAGUCCUCAAAAUCCGUAUCCUAUUGUAACAGACAAAUAUUGUGAUAUAGUAUGCGGGUUCGGUCGUGGAUCCUCUGAAUUAGGUAUACCUACGGCAAAUGUGGCGAUUGAAGAUUUAUCUUGUGAUAUAAAUAAACUUGAAUAUGGUGUAUAUUUUGGGUUCGCUCAUUUAAGUCCAAUAAAAAAUAAAAAGGAUGAGAUUAUUAAAAGAAAUGAUGGUAGGGACGUUAUAUAUAACUAUGGUAACAAGUUAAAUCCAAAUAAUAAUGAUCUAGAUAUUUUACCUGUAGUACUAUCUAUUGGAAAAAAUCCAUUCUACGGUAAUGAAUUUAAAACCGUUGAAAUACAUAUUUUACAUAGGUUUUAUAGUGAUUUCUAUGGUGCUACAAUUAAAUUUAAUAUCUUAGGUUAUAUAAGACCUGAAUUAGACUACACUAGUGUAGAAGCACUUAUAAAUGAUAUUAACAUAGAUAUCGAGAUUGCUAAAAAAAGUUUACAAACACCAGAAUAUAGUAUAUACAAAAGACAACUAGAAGAUUGA